AUGUUUGGGGCUUUGAAUGGACUUGGGGCUGCGGGAGAAGAAACAGCAUCUCUUUCGAAUGUUGUCAAUGCCGUGACAUUCGGCGCUCUAACAGUUGGUGGAUUCUUCACCGGUAUUAUCUGCAACAAGAUUGGCCCUCGGUGGACACUUGCCCUUGGAACAUUGGGAUAUGCCCCUUAUGCAGCGGCUCUCUAUACAAAUGCAGCCUUUGGUAAUAAAUGGUUUCCCAUCCUAGGGGGCUUGACUUGUGGUUCUAGUGGUGUCUUUCUAUGGACAGCAUCUGGGGCCAUCAAUCUCGUUUAUCCUGCUGUCCAGCAACGUGGACGAGCAGUUGCCACAAAAUUUACUCUUCAAAAUUUAGCGUCAUCUGUGGGAGGAAUGAUAUCGCUCGGGCUCAAUAUUAAACAAGCAAAAGCAGGCAGAGUUUCAGACGCCACAUACUAUGUGUUUAUUACAAUCAUGACCCUUGGACUUCCUGCGGCCAUAACAAUUCCUCAGCCCCAUCAAGUCAUUCGAGGCGAUGGAUCACGCGUGAGCGCUCAUCGUUUCAAAUCGUGGAAAGAUGAGCUUGCUGGACUGCGCCAGAUAUUGAAAUCGAAGACCUUCCUCAUUUUCUGCCCAUUUUUGAUUUAUUGGCAAUGGGAUCUCUCUUAUAUGUGGAGUUGGAAUGCUCAAUAUCACAGUGUCCGCGCCCGUGCUCUUCUCAGCACUCUAUUCUACCUGAUCGGGCCAACCUUUAUCGGCCCUGUCCAAGGCUAUCUUCUGGACAGUACUAAAUGGAGCCGUCAAUCGCGUGCCCGAGUGGCUGUUGUCAGUUUCACAAUUAUAACACUCAUGACAUGGAUUUAUGGGCUUGUAGUACAGUAUCAGUAUAAUGGAAGGACUGAAAUCAUUGACAUUGAAGACCCAGUCUUCAUAAAGUCAUGCCUUCUCUUCAUUCUGUACGGCUUGAUUGAAAACUCUGCAAUGGUCACUGGGUACUGGAUUAUUGGAUCACUUGGUCUCGAUGCAGGCAGUGUUUCCACAUUUGUUGGGCUCGCAAAUGCCAUUGGAUCCGCAGGAUCUACCGCCGCAUUCAUUAUUGGAGCUUGCAACGUCUCACUGAUCUGGCAGUUAUGGGCCAACGUCAUUGCUUUCCUCGUCAGCGUUCCUGGAUUGUUAUACACGGGAUUUGCCCUGAUUCCUGAAGAUGCGAUCAUUGACGCAGCGACAACGCAAGUUGACUGGAUUGAUAACGCAGAUCCGAAUGAUGCUUUCAAUACCUCUGAGAAGAAGCAAUCUCAUUCAUUCAGAGAAUCCUCGGCUGGAGAAAGUUUCUAG